AUGGCUACAUCUGAGACUCUUCCUACUAUCCAUAAGCAUGCAAGAUCUGUGUGUUGCCGCUUGAUGAGUAUUGGAAAGGUUAUUGAAGAAUGCAUGAAAGUCAUAGCCUUCUGGAUGUGGCUCGACUCUCAAGGAUUUCAAAAUAUCAUUACAAAUCUCUCUUCUCACGAUGAUCAAUUCUUGUCUUUUGUGUAUGAUGAGGCUGUGUCCGUUUUAUCUUCCUUGCAGGCCAAUUCAACUCCAUCACCAAAUGCUAUGCUUAAUACUCUAACCUUAGCACAACGUUUCUUAUCUCCCAGUGUUAUUCUCUCUGACAAAGAAGAGGUCUUGAAGAGCAUCACAGAUAUCUAUACAAAAAUUUGUUGUGUUCUAUUUGAGGAUUUUCUGAAAGAGAAAGGCACUCAACUUGGUAUGAGAGGUGAAGAAGAGACUACACAGAAAAUAACUGAGUGGCAUGGCACUGGUCAUAACUGGAAAACUUCUUACGCAGUAUCAUCUUCAACUGCACAUGCACAUGCACAUUCAAAUCUGAAUCCUUCUGCUAAGGAGUGGAAUCCUAUAAAUGAGCGUCUUCCUGAGGAGGAUCGAUGCUUGUUUUUAACUUUCUCAAACGGAUAUCCUCUUACUGAAAAUCAAAUCAUCAACUUUUUUUCCAGUGUAUUAUGCAGUAAACACGGGCCCUGCGUGGAAAGAGUGUACGUGCACAGGCCAUAUGAUCCGAGGAACGAGAGUAAUGAGCCUCCACUGUUUGGGAAGAUUGUGUUCAAGACGUAUUCUGUGGCCGCUAUGAUCUUAAAUGGAAGAAAUGAAGCCAAGUUCUGGGUAGAUGGAAAGCCUCUUUGGUGCAAGAGGUUUAAUCCAGAGAAGAAGAUGGCGGGAAAUUAG